AUGUCUUCCAAUGCUGGUGUCCGCGCCCAACUUGCUUUUGAAGGGCAUUUCCAGUUGCCUGCCGACCCUGAGCCCACCGCGAAGGAGAAUGGGUGGGCGCAUUUUUCCAUAUCGAACAUCCAGGGGAACAGCUGCUGGGAGUACAGGGUGCUCUUCACAAUCCCCACCGGCGGCUUUUCCACUUAUUUCUACCUCUUGGUGAUCACUGCGAAGCUGGGGGUGGAUAUCCAGGACGAGGUGUCUUACGAGCGACACCUCCAACAAGUUCUCUUCCACCAUCGACUCGAUGAGGCUGCUUGUCGCCAGGGCUUCAGAGACCCUUCCGUCUGA